AUGGGAUCUGUCAAAGGCCGUGAUACUUUGAUUAAACGAGAUGGUUAUACCGAGCUAGACAAUAAUAAAAGACUAAACCGAAAUAAUGACAUAAAAAUGGUUACAAUAAUUCGUAAUAAGAACUCAAAUCCAAGUAAUAUUAUGAUAUAUAAGCUCCAAUUGAGUGAAGUACGGGCUCUACAACCAAAUUCUGGUUCCCUUCUGGCUAAUGAACCUGGCGAGUUAACAGUAUCCGGAACUGUUACUUACCAGACACAUACACAUGUACACUACACACUUAGAGGAUUCACAGCGGUUUGUGUAAACUCGCCAAAUAUGUAA